AUAAGUAAAGUUUGCUUCUCAUCUUUAGCCAAACGUCACUGCAACUAGCAUUUUUCCCGCGCAUUUUCUCUAGUUCUCCGAUCGGUAAAUGGCUCCCAGAUCCGAUAGCGCCGAAGCGAUCGUGCUCAACUUCGUGAACGAGCAAAAUAGGCCACUAAAUUCUCAAAAUGUAGCUGACUCAUUGCAAAAGUUCAAUCUUAAAAAGACAGCCAUACAAAAAGCACUAGACACGCUUGCAGAUAGCGGGAAGAUUUCCUUCAAGGAGUAUGGCAAACAAAAGAUAUACCUUGCUCGGCAAGAUCAGUUUGACAUCCCAAAUAGCGAAGAGCUUAAUCAUAUGAAAGAAGAGAAUGCCAAGUUGCAGAAGCAGUUGGAAGAUCAGAAUAGAGCAAUUAGCGAGGUUGAGGGAGAAAUUAAAAGUUUGCAGUCAAAUUUGACCUUGGAACAAAUACGUGAGAAAGAAGCCAAAUUGAGAAAUGAGGUAAAGGAAAUGGAGGAGAAAUUGGCAAAAUUGCGGGGAGGAGUUACCUUAGUGAGGCCAGAAGAGCGAAAGGCAAUUGAGAAAGUGUACUCAGAGCAAAUAAGUCAUUGGAGAAAGCGUAAAAGGAUAUUCAAGGAUCUGUGGGAUGCUAUAACUGAGAACUCACCCAAGGAUCUUAAGGAGUUUAAGGUUCUAUAUUGUGUUGCACAACGUGGGAGCAGUUGCAUUUGGCCUUGCACAAAGUUUGCUUUAACAGCUGUCUUGUUUCUGCAGGAGGAACUUGGGAUUGAAUAUGAUGAAGAUGUUGGUGUGAGUUUGCAGUCAUUCAGUGACCUGUCACAGCAUAGUAAGAAGCGGACCAGAGGCCAGUGAUUUUAUAUGAAAACGAUUCAAGUUAAAUGCUCAAUCAAAUAUUUAGGCAUGUAAUUUGUCUGGUACUUCUCUAGAAAUAAACCCAUUACUAAGUUGUAUAUUCUCCGUCCUAGAAAUAGGGUUGUGCUUUUUUAUCUCCGCCAGUUUACUUUCCAAAUUUUAUGAGGAUAAUCAUUUAGGUUAAAAAUGGAUUGUAAAAGGACAGGAUGUUUAGAUUGCAUUGGAAUAGCUUUCUGAAUCCUCUAGCCACACUUCUACUAAUGGUACAAUCUUUUGCAACAAGCUUAGCUUGUUAUUAUGUUGUGACCACCCUUAGUCUGAACAGGUGAACUUUUUCUCCCU